AGACUGAGGGAGCCAGACUCCUGGGUCCCCCAAGAGGGUUGGAGCUCGUGUGGAGCUUGCCAUCAGCAAGCCUGAGCCCCAGAAACUGGGCUAAGCUAGGGAUCUGGGGACUAGAUAGGAGUCGCAGAAUUCCGUAGUUCGGGGGAGAGAGCCUCGGCUGGGGUUUGGAGGUGUGUGGACGGCAGGCCGUCAGAUCUCUAGGCAGGGUCGGACACCUGAGACACAGGCGGGCAGAAGGGAGUGGCGGUGCUGGAGGGGCACUGGGAGUCGAACCCAGGGCGAUGGGCGCGGGAUUCCCCACGCUCGCCAACGACGCAGCGGUGUGGAACCUUCAGCUGGCUCCAAGCGCUGUGGGAUCUGGAAGAGGCAAGGGAGCGAGGGUGUCGUAGAGGGUAUAAUGAACAAGAAGAAUUAGGAGGGAGGCUGCGUGUGCCGGGGCUAGGGGCUGGAGGCCCUGGCUCUAGCUGCACCACGGAAGGAAAAGGCAAACAGAGGAGGGAAGGCGUCUUAGAACUGCCUGGAUCCAGAGCACUUUCCACGGCCUCUACAGGCCUGCGUCGCUAUGGGUUCCCCCGCCGCCCCGGAGGGAGCGCUGGGCUACGUCCGCGAGUUCACUCGCCACUCCUCCGACGUGCUGGGCAACCUCAACGAGCUGCGCCUGCGCGGGAUCCUCACUGACGUCACGCUGCUGGUUGGCGGGCAACCCCUCAGGGCACACAAGGCAGUUCUCAUAGCCUGCAGUGGCUUCUUUUACUCAAUUUUCCGGGGCCGUGCGGGAGUCGGGGUGGACGUGCUCUCUCUGCCCGGGGGUCCCGAAGCGAGAGGCUUCGCCCCCCUACUGGACUUCAUGUACACUUCCCGCCUGCGCCUCUCUCCGGCCACUGCACCUGCAGUCCUUGCGGCCGCCACCUAUUUGCAGAUGGAGCACGUGGUCCAGGCAUGCCACCGCUUCAUCCAGGCCAGCUAUGAACCUCUGGGCAUCUCCCUGCGGCCCCUGGAAGCAGAACCCCCAACACCCCCAACGGCCCCUCCACCAGGCAGUCCCAGGCGCUCCGAAGGACACCCAGACCCACCUACUGAAUCUCGAAGCUGCAGUCAAGGCCCCCCCAGUCCAGCCAGCCCCGACCCCAAGGCCUGCAACUGGAAAAAGUACAAGUACAUCGUGCUAAACUCUCAGACCUCCCAAGCAGGGAGCCUAGUCGGGGAGAGGAGUUCUGGUCAACCUUGCCCCCAAGCCAGGCUCCCCAGUGGAGAUGAGGCCUCCAGCAGCAGCAGCAGUGAAGAAGGACCCAUUCCUGGUCCCCAGAGCAGGCUCUCUCCAACUGCUGCCACUGUGCAGUUCAAAUGUGGGGCUCCGGCCAGUACCCCCCACCUCCUCACAUCCCAGGCUCAAGACACCUCUGGAUCACCCUCUGAGCGGGCUCGACCGCUACCGGGAAGUGAAUUUUUCAGCUGCCAGAACUGUGAGGCUGUGGCUGGGUGCUCAUCGGGGCUGGACCCCUUGGUUCCUGGGGAUGAAGACAAGCCCUAUAAGUGUCAGCUGUGCCGGUCUUCAUUCCGCUACAAGGGCAACCUGGCCAGUCACCGCACAGUGCACACAGGGGAAAAGCCUUACCACUGCUCAAUCUGCGGAGCCCGUUUUAACCGGCCAGCAAACCUGAAAACGCACAGCCGCAUCCAUUCAGGAGAGAAGCCCUAUAAGUGUGAGACGUGCGGCUCACGCUUUGUACAGGUGGCACAUCUGCGGGCGCACGUGCUGAUCCACACGGGGGAGAAGCCCUAUCCUUGCCCUACCUGCGGAACCCGCUUCCGCCACCUGCAGACCCUCAAGAGCCACGUUCGCAUCCACACCGGAGAGAAGCCUUACCACUGCGACCCCUGUGGCCUGCAUUUCCGGCACAAGAGUCAACUGCGGCUGCAUCUGCGCCAGAAACACGGAGCUGCUACCAACACCAAAGUGCACUACCACAUUCUGGGGGGGCCCUAGCUGAGCGCAGGCCCAGACCCCACUUGCUUCCUGUGGGUGGGAAAGCUGCAGGCCCAGGCCUUGCUUCCCUAUCAGGCUUGGGCAUAGGGGUGUGCAAGGCCACUUUGGUAUCAGAAAUUGCCACCAUCUUAAUUUCUCGCUGGGGAGAGCAGGGGGUGGCAGAUCCCGGCUAGAUCUGCCUCUGUUUUGCUGGUCAAAACCUCUUCCCCACAAGCCAGAUUGUUUCUGAGGAGAGAGCUAGCUAGGGGCUGGGAAAGGGGAGAGAUUGGAGUCCUGGUCUCCCCAAGGGAAUAGCCCUCCACCUGUGGCCCCCAUUGCAUUCAGUUUAUCUGUAAAUAUAAUUUAUUGAGGCCUUUGGGUGGCAUCAGGGCCUUCAUUCAAUUGCAUUUCCCACUCCCCUCUUCCACAAGUGUGAUUGAAAGUGACCAGAAACACAGAAGGUGAGAUCACAGCUCUGCUGGCAGAGAUUACUAGCCUGGGCUCUCUCCUUUGGCUUGGGUAUUUUAUAUUAAUUCUGUCAUAACUUUUAUCCUUAGACUUGUUCUUGUUUGCUUGUUAGUUUGUUUAAAAUGGAAAAAGGGGUUCUCUGUGUCCUGCCCCUGUAAUUCUAGGUCUGGAACCUUUAUUUGUUCUAGGGCAGCUCUGGGAACAUGCGGGAUUGUGGAAUUGGGUCAGAAACCCUCUCUGGUAUUCUGGAUGUUGUAGGUUCUCUAGCAGUCUAGCAAUGGAUGCAGACUUUCUCUGUUCUUCAAGGGUGAUAGGAACCAUUAUAUUGAGCCCAAAAUGGAGGUAAUAAUAAAUGCCUCCUGGAAGCUGUGGGUGCAGGGGAUUCUGUAUCUAGAUUCUGUAUCACUCCAAGUGGAGGCUGGCAGCUUUUUCUGCAACAUGGUCCAGAAUCUAAAAUGACCCAUUAAUCUGGUCACUUGGAUUUGGCUCUACUGUAUUCAUCUAUAAUGGCAGAGACCCACCAGGGCUCAAGUUGAGUCCAUCGUCCUCCCACGGGGGCCUGUUCUUAGCACUGAGUUCAUCGCUCCAUGGGGGAGAGAUCAGACAUUCCUUAUCAGAGAUGAUGUGACUUUUUCUGACUCUGCCCAGUCUCUGUGAAUGUUAUGACCUAGGGAAGAAUCAUGAAACUCUUUGGCUUGAUUAGAUGGUGAAGAGUGUUAACCCAUCCUUUACUAGAGGCAUCUGGGUUUGAAUGUUACUUGGGGCUCUCUCUAUUGAGUUGAGCCCUUCUUUAAUAGGUUUUGGAUAUCUUCUGGCAAGUGUCCAGAUGCCAGAACCUUCUUUGCCUCUAGAAGUGAUGGUGCUUGGUAACCUUACCUUAUAAAAGCUGGGUCUGUGACCUGGUCUUCCCAUCACUGCAUUCCUGUCUGGAACCAGUGAAUGCGUUAGAACCUUCCAUAGGAAAAGAAAAGGGGCUGAGUUCUAUUCUGGGUUUGCUGUAGUUUGGUUGGGAUUAUUGCUGGCAUUACAGAAAAGAUUGGCUAGCUGAUAGGCCAAAGGCCUGUUCUAGUUGACCAAGUUUCAAGUAGGAUUAAGAGGUUGGUUGAGGGGUGCCGUUUCUGGUGUAGGCCGGGUAGGUAGAAAGUUAGGAAUGGGGUUGCCUCUUGGCUGGGUGGAGGCUCUGAAAUGUUAGAAGAUGUCCUGAAGCCUUGAUUUGUAGUUCUGCCCCUUGUUGCCCUGGGGCCUAUUUGAUUAUGGGACAAGGGUAGAAAGUAAGAAGCACUUUUGAAUUUAUGGGGUAGAACUUCAAGGAUAAGUCAGUUUUAGUGGCUGUCACCUGGGGACUAGUGAGAAAGCUACUCUUGUCCUUCUUCCCUCUUUCUCCCCAUGACCCCAUUGCAGAAUUAAAGAAGAAAGAAGGGAAGGUGGAGGAGUCUGUAAGAAGGAACCAUGAUUUAUAUUUAGCAGAUUGGAUGGGCAGGUGGAGAAUGCCUGGGGAUAGAAAUGUUAGAUCUUGCAAGAUGAGAUCCUUGGAAUAAAGAAGCCUCUCUGUGCUGCC